CCCAGUGCUGACCCUUUCCACCACCCCCUCUCCCCCCUCGGCCGGCCGGCAGCGGCAGCACUCCCGUCGCCCGCCACGCCCGCAUGGUCGCUGCCGGGCCCGAGAUAUGGUCGCUCGCUUCCCCCUCCUCCUCCUCGUCUUCUCCGCGCAGCUCCUGAUCACCUCCGCCGCCGCCGCCGCGUCGCCCCAUGGACUCACACAAGUGGAUGUGGCGAAGCGACUCAAGGAGGAGCUAUGGCAAAGGAACCCAGGACAUGAGAUGCUCAAGUCAUGGAAUGGAGGAGACCCGUGCUCCCCAUCUGCCUGGGAAGGCUUCUCUUGCCGAUUACUAGAUGGUAACCAGGUCGUAGCUAAGCUGAAUUUUUCUUCGAAGGAACUGCAAGGGCCAAUUCCCGCCGCGAUCGGUAACCUGACGGAGCUAACUGAGAUUGAUCUGCAGGGCAAUAACUUCACCGGGUCUAUUCCGGAAUCUUUCUCUGCUCUCACUCACCUGCUGAAGCUGUCAGUGAAGUGCAACCCCUUGUUGAGCAAUCAGCUACCUGAUGGCCUGUCUACCAACCUGGAUUUCAGCGAUGGAGGCUGUGCUGCUGGAGAGCACAGUAGUCCACCUGGAGCUGCCAAUCAGAGAACAUUUGUUGUUAGCGGUCUUGCUGGAGGAUCUUUGGCAUGUACUUUUGCACUUGGAUUGUUCUUCACUUGUUUCAACAAACGCGAACGACGCUCUCAGAAAUCAGACUGUGCUUCUACAACAAAUCCUGUUUUCGAAGAACGCAGCAUCCAUAUAACUACAAAUCCUGCAGUACAACAGUUGUCCUACAAAUCAAUCCAGAGCGCAACAAAUCACUUCAAGAAACUGAUAGGAGGGGGUGGAUUUGGAGCUGUUUAUCAAGGUACUCUAGCACAUGGCCAACAAGUCGCAGUAAAAGUCCGUUCACCUGCAUCGACUCAGGGAACACGCGAGUUUAACAAUGAGUUACGGCUACUUUCUACUGUGUGGCAUGACAACUUGGUUCCUCUAAUUGGCUAUUGCUGUGAAAAGGAUCAACAGAUUUUGGUUUAUCCACUCAUGUCCAAUGGCUCACUACAGGAUCGCCUCUAUGGUGAGGCAUCAAAACGAAAAGUUCUUGAUUGGCCAACCAGAAUAUCAGUUUGCAUUGGUGCUGCUAAAGGACUAGUAUAUCUUCACAAUUUUGCUGGCCGCUGCAUCAUACACAGAGAUGUUAAGUCUAGCAACAUACUUCUGGAUCAGAGCAUGUGUGGCAAGGUUGCCGACUUUGGGUUUUCAAAGUAUGCGCCUCAGGAAGGCGACAGUGUUGCAUCAAUGGAAGUGAGAGGCACUGCUGGAUACUUGGAUCCUGAAUACUAUUCCACUCAGGUGUUAUCGACCAAAAGCGACGUGUUCAGCUUCGGGGUGGUUCUCUUGGAAAUCGUGACCGGAAGGGAGCCUCUCGAUGUUCAGAGGCCUCGGAGCGAAUGGAGCUUAGUCGAGUGGGCAAAGCCAUACAUACGGGACUUCAGGAUCGAGGAGAUCGUGGACCCCGGCAUAAAGGGGCAGUACUGCUCGGAGGCCAUGUGGAGGGUGCUGGAGGUGGCCACGGCGUGCACCGAGUCCUUCUCGACCUUCCGCCCGAGCAUGGAGGACAUCGCGCGGGAGCUGGAGGACGCGCUCAUCAUCGAGAACAACGCGUCCGAGUACAUGCGGUCCAUGGAGAGCACGGGGACCUUCGGCUCCAACCGCUACCUGUCCAUCGACAGGAAGAUGUUCGCGUCGGGCUCGGCCCGGAUCGACCCGGCCAAGUUCGCGUCGGGCUCGGGCCGGAUCGACGCGGGCAAAGGGCCUCUGCAGACCAUGCCUUCGCUUCCGAGGUAGCACCCCAGCUCUGCCUCCGUCCGUAAUAUAUGGUGGUCUCGUCUCAUGGAUGUGAUGGUUGCUGAGGAAGACACAGCCGGAGUUUUAUACCCGUAGACGCCAUGAGUGGCCGAGGGGAGAGGAGGCUACACGACACAGGCCAUGCAGUUAGUUACCACGGCAGUUUGCUGCGAGGAAAGUUUUCCCCUGGAGACAAAACAGAGGCAGUUUUGCCUGUAAAAUUUGUAUGUUGAAUUCGAUGCCUACAUGUGCCAUGCAACUAUUCUUUGGACUUGGACUACUGUUGAUGUAUUCUUUGGCCAACUAAGGCUGGGCAGCAUAAGUUCAUUAUUUCGGGCAUUACAAAGUAUAGAACAUUUGGUGUA